AUGGAUUCAAAAGAAUAUAGAGAGACUGCCAAGUCAGUCAUUGACGAACUUGCCGAUUACCACGACAACAUAUCCGACCUCCGAGUUGUUUCCAAUGUCGAGCCCGGCUACCUGCGCGAAUUACUCCCCGACGCUGCUCCCGUCGAAGGCGAGCCGUUCGACAAUAUCCGAGCCGAUAUCAAAGACAAGAUCAUGCCUGGUCUAACCCACUGGCGCAACCCGCGCUUCCUGGCCUUCUUCACCUGCAGCAACAGCUUCCCCGCCAACAUUGCCGAGAUGUACUCGAAUGCCUUCAACGGCGCCCACUUCAACUGGAUCUGCAGCCCCGCCGUCACCGAGCUCGAGACCAUUGUCAUGGACUGGCUGGCCAAGGCUAUUGCCCUACCCAAAUGCUAUCUCAGCUACGGCCCAACACGAGGCGGCGGUGUCCUACACGGCAGCGCCAGCGAAGCCAUCCUCACCUGCAUGGUUGCUGCCCGCGACAAGUUCACCAAUGAGAUGCUCGCAGACAUGCCCGAGGGCGAGGAAAAAGAAGAGGAGCUCUGGCGCAUUCGCAGCAAGAUGGUUGCCCUCGGCAGCGCCGGAACACACUCGAGCACGCAGAAGGCUGCGCAAGUUAUUGGCGUCCGCUUUGACACCAUCCCCAUUGACGUGGAAGCUGGCUACGGCCUGACAGGCGAGGCUCUCAUUGCCAAGGUCGACGCACUCAAGGCUCGUGGUCUAUACCCCUUCUAUGUGACUGCCACGCUGGGCACCACCGACGUCUGCGCUAUUGACGACUUUGAAGGCAUUGCCAACACGCUGCGAGAGCGUGCCAACGGCGGCAAGACUGGCGAGAUCUGGGUGCAUGUGGACGCUGCGUACGCCGGCUCUGCGCUGCUGCUCGAGGAGAACCAGCACUACACAAAGGCUUUUGAGCACUUCCACUCGUUCAACUUCAACCCGCACAAGUGGAUGCUGACCACGUUUGACUGCUCGGCGGUCUGGAUCAAGAACCGCAAGUGGUUCGUCGAUGCCCUCGGCAUCAACCUCCACGUUCUCAAGAACAACUACAGUGAUGAUGGCAAGGUCAUUGACUACCGUGACUGGCAGAUUCCUCUCGGCCGCCGCUUCCGCUCCCUCAAGCUGUGGUUUGUCAUGCGCAGCUACGGUAUCAGCGGCCUGCAGGCACAUAUCCGCAGCGGCGUAGCGCUCGCUGAGAGCCUGGAAACUAAGCUUCGAUCACGACCUGAUCUCUUCACCAUCUUCACAAAGGCCAUCUUUGGCCUCGUCACCUUCAGAUUGCAAGGUGAGACGGAGGAGCAGAUCAAUGCUGCUACAGAGGCCCUCUACCUUAAGGUUAACAAGGAUGGAGAGUUCUACUGGACAAGCACAAAGGUUAACGGCAAAUUUGCCAUCCGAGUCACAACAUCAACACCAAGCACACAAGAACAGCACAUGCAGCAGUUGUUCGAUUUGCUGGUUCGUGAUGCCACUCCACUAGUCACAGCAAAGACAAAUGGCACCAAGUAA